UGCGAUGCGCUGGUAGUUGAACCGGGUGGACUUUGAGCUUGGAGGAUCAUAAAUAAGACAAACCAAAAACUUACCAGUCAUAACCUUCAGUUUUCGCACAAAGAUAGACGACCUUUUCACUUCAGACUGUCAUUUAAAUUUAAGAUCAUGGCCAACCGUGCCCUCAAGUACUACUUCGAUCUGCUAUCACAGCCAUCCCGUGCAUUGUACAUCCUACUGGAACAGACGAAAAUACCGUACGAAAAGUGCCCGGUGGCGUUGAGGAAAUUUGAAAAUAGAACCACUGAGUUCGCGGAGAGCGUGAACCGCUUCGGGAAGGUGCCGUGCAUCAUCCACGGGGAUUUUAAGCUAGCGGAAACCAUUGCCAUUUUCCGGUACUUGUCCCGAGAGUUCCAAUUCGAUGACCGGUGGUAUCCGACGGAGCGUUCAACACGAGCCCGCGUAGACGAGUAUCUGGAAUGGCAACAUGCCAACAUCCGGGCCCAGUGCGCUCAGUUUUUCUUAUACACUUGGAUGACUCCGCUGCUGGGGAUGGAAGUCGAUCCGAAAAAGGUGGAUCGCCUGCGAUCGAAUAUGGUCGAUUGUUUGGAUCUGUUCGAACGGGAAUGGUUGAACGGUGGUAAGCAGCCUUUUGUCGGAGGAAGGGAGCUCAGCUUUGCCGACGUGGUGGCAGCUUGCGAAAUUGAGCAGCCCAAGCUGGCCGGGUUCGACCCCAGGGCCGGGCGACCACAACUGGCAGCCUGGAUGGAACGGGUGAGGGCAGCCACCAACCCGCACUAUGAUCAGGCGCACAAGAUGUUGUACAAGUUUACACCGAAAGAGAUUGAGACCCCGAAGGUGGAGUGAGG